GGACAGCUGAAAAGUUGUGUCGCAUCAUAGACUCGUCGUAUAUUAUAUUAAGGCACCUCAAGUGAUGCUGGGAAGUACAAUCAUAAACCAUCGACAACAUGUUGGACUGCAGAAACUCUCAGCGCUGGCAGGAAUCCUGCAUUCCUGUUUGGGUCCUAAUAAAAAAUACAAGUUCAUCCAAGAUGACGGGCAUGGGGAGUCAGCUCUUGCGUGUUCGUGUUUUCGGAUCAUCGAGAGCCUGGAGCUGACCUGCGCUGUGGGUCAGCUGAUUCACGAGACGAUUCGAGCCCACCAGAAGGUCUACCACACAGGGUCGGGAUGCUUGCUGUUUCUCGCUGGAGCGUGGAGCCGUGCUGCCCUGGACUGUCUUCACAGAGGGAUCUCAGUUGCGCACAUAAUCUCGGCUAUGUCUGAAGGCAUGGAUAUAUGCAUGGAUGUUUGCAGGAAGUCCGCCAUUUCAACUGAGGGCCUUGGUGUGACGCCAUUAAAGAGAGACACUGCGACAUCCCAUCGGUUAGAAGUCCAGCUGUCAGAGGAACGAAUCACUAACGCUUCACAGGCAUCGUGCCGCUUGGAGAGGUCAACAAAAGUUGAUCACAAGACUCUGAACAUCAGUGAGCAAAGGAAAAUAAAGCUCAGCAGACAUUUUUGUGAGACCAGGUCUGACCCUCCACCUCGUCAGCCUCAGCUACCUGACAUCGUGCACAUUGCUGAGGCGUUGAGCCAUGGUUGUGACGACGCAAUGAAGUUAGUAGUUGAAGCCGUUCAGAUGCUCUCAAAAAUGAAUCAGCAAGACGUCAGUCAUUCCAUGUUUGACAUAACUAAAGUGGUGACUUGUGUGUUACCCGGUUUACCAGAGCAGCAUGCCUGCGUUGUUCCAGGCUGCGUUGUUCUUUUGUCUGCUGAGCAGGCUGCGGUUGCCCUUCACUUACAAGAACAACACCUGAAGGUGGCUCUUAUUAACGGAGAUUUCUCAGACACCUAUCGACAUCUUGGCUUUAAAAGGCUAAAAGACGUACAGCGUGUGAGUGACCGGUUGGAUUUGUCGAGUUUGAGCAGAGAGGAUGAGUGGGUGGAAAAGGUUGUUAGGCUUCUGUUAAACCUGGAAGUGAAGCUGAUACUAAUCAGUGGGCUAGCUAGUGAGAAAGUGAUCCAGCACUGUUGCACACAUCAUAUACUUGUGGUGGAGAAAGUGAAAGCUUCGGUUUUGAAGACAUUUGCUAAUUCAACUGGAGCCACACCGGUGACUUAUGCCACGCAGUUGACUAAGCGCUAUGUUGGCAGCGGGGCGGAGGUUAAGAUAUGGAGGGACCUCGGCAGCCGUGGCAGCAAAUCUGCAACAGCUGUGAAUAUUUCCGCUGGUAUGAGCGGCGGACUGGUGACAGUGGUCCUUACAAGCUGUAUACAUGGCAAGCUGCAGGCACUGGAGGAUCAGUUUUGGGCCUGUGCGUAUCGUUUACACCACGCGCUAGAAGACAGAGCCCUUCUACUUGGUGCUGGACGGACAGAAAUGCUUUGUAUUCAUCACCUGCAAAAGCAAGUGGAGUAUCACCGAGAGAGGAAUCGUGACUGCGUCCAGCAAACCACAACAGCGACGGCAGCUAAUCACUACAGGGGUGUAGUGUUGCAGCUAAUGGCAGAAGGUUUAAUAGAUUACAUAUCCACUGUAAUGGUUAACACGGGGAAGUUUUCAAAAGUCACAGCCAGGACUGUGGUGAGCCAACAACUGCAGAGCUAUAACGGACAUUUAGGUGUUGCUGCAGAGUUGUCACAGCUUUUCUUGGAGGAUGAGAAAGAGGACAGUGCAGUUUUCUCAGAAAUGAAACCUGGUGAAGCACGAGCAGCGGAAAUUUACGAUAAUCUAAGCGUAAAGCAAGAAGCAUGGAGAAAGGCCUUAGAUGUUGUUUUGCUGGUCUUACAGACUGAUGCAGAGGUCAUCACAGGCGUGGGCCACAAAAGUGACGCUGCACAGGAAAAUGUGCUGCUGUUGUGAUGUGUAAGCAGCAUUUUGGAGAAUUGUUUGACUGAACACAACUUGCUAAAUGUUUUUUUUUUUACUAAAUGAAGGAAAUGUUUAUUUAGACUGUGAAUCUUUAUUGAAACAUGUUUUUAUAACUGGUACAAAGUACAAUAAAGAUUUUUUUUAAUUA